AUGGCGGCCGAAGGAACAGAUGAAAAGCAGAAAAAUGACGGUCUUUCACAUCCAGAGGUGAUGUCCCUCUUUAGCGAAAAGCUGGCGGAGAUAAUGAGUGAUCCUCUUCUUGUUGGACUGCCUAGCCAGCCUACACUUGAAGAGGUUAACUCGCAGAUUGCGCUCGAACAUGGCCGCGCCAUUGUAGUGAAUGUUCGACAACAUGACGAGAUGAGCACUGUUCUACGUAAGGAUCAGAGGAUUAAUGUUAGAAUGCCAUGCCAUUUAUUAGCAUAUCUUUAAAAAGCCCUGAAGAACGAAGAAUGUAAAAAAAAGUCUAUAAUAUGCAAGGCAAAAUUUCUCCCAGUAACCGGGCCAACCCAUUCAACGGGGCUCAUGUGAAGAGGCCCUAACUUAAAAGACAAGCAAGUUGUAGCUCCAGGUAAACAAAAGUUGAGAGCUGCUUGCCCAAAGAACAAUCUGGAAUUAUUGAAGUUUUUUUCGAGCCCUAAAAGAGAAGUAAGUAAAAACAAACAUAACAGAUGAAAUGAAACAGAUGUGUUACAUGUUGUUUUCAGCUGUUGUUGUCAUCCAAAAUGCAACUGUGCAUGACUUGAAGAAGGCAGUCCAAAGACACAUUUCACUGAAACUGUCAAGAGAAGGAGGCCCCAACAUUGUUUCUUGGUAUGUUGUAAAUUGAUGUUGUUGUCAAUGGGUUCUGUUUCAUUUAUUGGGUUGUACUGUUGUACAGUGGGAUUAAAAUGUAUUUUUGUGUAAUAUCCCCAAAGAAUGCAGUGUUUAAUUAUGUUGCGGUGUUUUUGCCUGUGCAGUGCAAUGAAAGGAGAAACUAUUUAAAUUCCGGGCCAAUGCCAGGCAAAAUUAAGUAAUUUCAAUAUCACAAAAAAAUAGUCCUCUGAGAGGACAUGAGCUUACUGGCAAUGAAUAGGCUGUAAAAAAAAGGGGCAUGGAUGUGCACCUAUGGUCCAGAGGAUAAACGUUAAUGCCAUGUGUUACAAGGACAAUUAUUUCCCAUAGUUUGUUUUUUCAAUACGUUUGUUUCCUAUUGCAAUAUGUUUGCCCUGCCUCCUAUUUGAAAACGUAUGUAAUAAGAUAGAUGCUUCUUGUGACACAUCGCGACAAGUGAUAGUAGACUGAUUGUCCAUCAAAAAGCACGCAAAUGUCGUAGUGAAAUUACUAUAAGGUAAAAUUUGUUUGAAAGUUGUUUUGAAAUUAUGCAAGUUUGUGACAUUUUAAUUGAAUGUUUACAUAGUAAAAGUGGCAGAUUCAUGUUUGCAUUUUCCCACCAACAAUUAAAAAAAUAUUCAUUACUAGUAAAACUCAACCAGCACACAUAAAGCAAUUACGAAUGGAUAGAAAUAGCAAAGAAAUUUAUCUGGCUAAACCAAUUCAAAAAUUAUCAUAAGUCAAAACAGAGCAUGUCUCCUGUAAAAUGAUAUGUGAAAGGCCAUUCCUCACAAAUGCAAACGCCUUACGUCUUUAAAAUAACAGAGCAUAAUAUCCUAUUUAACCUUACUGGCCAUAAACUAACAUACUGGUCUUUUUAGCCUGUCUUAGCCAUAAAUUUUUUGUUAGGCACAUGUAAGGACUGUUCAAGCUGUGAUGGUUCAAGGAUAAUUUAGAUGUCUGAUACUGUAAGGGUUAAAAGGUUUUUUAAUAAUAUGGAAUGAUAAAAGCAAGUUGAUUACUGUUAGAGCUUGAAGAGCUAAUAUUUUGAUUUUUUUUCACCAGGAAGCAUGUAUGGAAGACAUACUGGCUGUCAUUUGCAGGCCAGAAGUUAAUGGAGGAUCACAAACCUCUUUCCCAGUAAGUUGGGUGCAUCAGGAUUAGCAAAAUGUGAUGGAAAUUGCCUCUUGUACUCCGGGGGCUGGCUGCCGGGACCCCGGAACCCCUCACCUAUACCUGGCCAUAUUUAGCUGCAACCCAAUUCAAAUCUUGUACCCUAUCUCAGCAGUCAUUUUAACCCUUUCACUCCCAGAAGUGGCCAAAGCAAAAACUGAGAAACAUUCCAAAUUUCUUUUUGUAAAAUGCUGAGUGACAAACAGUACCCUGUUAAAGUACUGUACUGGCAAAGAGGUUUCAUUUGAAUGGUCACAUCAUAGGAUUUCAUCCACAGACUCCAAAGUUAGAACUACAUACUAAAUAAAUAGUACCAUGUGAAAGUACUGCUAAAGAGGUUUCAUUUGAAUGGUAACACCGUAGGGUUAUGUCCACAGACUCAAAAGUUAGAACUACGUACUAAAUAAAUAGUACCAUGUGAAAGUACUGCUGAAGAGGUUUUAUUUGAAUGAUAACACCAUGGGAAAGUCAGAACUAGACACUAAAAAAAAGUACCAUGUGAAAGUACUGCUUAAGCGGUUUCAUUUGAAUGGUUACACCAACGCGUUGAUCGCAUCAUAAGGCUAAGGACGUCUGAGAAACAUAGGCCACUUGUCCUGAAAUUUCCAUUCUGUUUAUUCCACAGUUACGGCAUUCAAAACAAGGAUGAGGUGACAUUUGUGAAGAGACUGAGAAAAAAAUGA